UCCAAGAUGUUUUGUGUCGGAUAGUAACAGCGUCACGUGCAAACGGAAGAUCGUCGAUGUGCGAAAGGCAGAUUUCUCUGAUUUCUCUCCCCUUCCUUGACACCGAGCUCUGCGAAUGUGGCUUUCCUGCUCGCCUCGAGAUAUUUCAGAUGGCCGAGCUGGGCAGGACUGUGAGGGUGAGCGGUCUGCCCGCUGACAUUGAGGAUGACAGGCUGAAAGACAAGCUAAUUAUUCACUUCCAGAGAGCCAGGAAUGGAGGAGGGGAAAUAAACUCUGUCACCAUUGUCAAGGCAACGUCCGUCUCUGCCCUCAUCACCUUUGACGACAGUGGAGUGGCACAGAGAGUAAUCCAACACAGACGGUACACUCUGGAAGUGGAUGAAAAGAAGUAUAAAGUCAUUGUAACUGAGCACAGAGAAAGCCUGGACCCAGACAAGGUCAUCCUAAGUUUAUCAGCAACUGUUGACCACAGGCAUCUUCCUGGGGGAAUAAAGUCACUGACAAGCCUUAAUAAGAGCCACCCUGAUAUCCAGAUAAACUACAAUGCUAUCAAGGACUUGUGCACAUUGAAUGGCACCUAUUCCAAUGUCCAGGCUGCUCUGGCACAACUAUUUGGCCAUCCCAAAGGCCCACAAUCAGCCGAAAACCAAGACUCGGGUCAACCUGCCAGGUCCUUUCAGACAGCGCAGAAGCCUCAUAUUCAAGAGUCAGAGGGUCAGAGCAGUAAACCUAAUAAGCAAAGAGAACGAGAGAAAGUUCACAUUGGCAGGCCCUCCGAUGCGUACAACCCCGGCCCACAUAGAGACCAUUCACCUGCUGGAUUUGUUUUGAAAGAUACUGGCCAGACAGAGGGUGCAGCUCUGCAGCUUCCUGGGCAUCCUACUACAUCAGAGGAGGACUUCUCACUAAUUGUGGAUGCAGACAUGUUCCGGUAUCUCCAGAAACACUGCAGGAAGGAAUACCAGCACAUCCUUAGUCAGUAUGGUGUUGAUGUAGUGGAUAUGACAAAUCAGGGGUUGACUACUCUGUUUUUGCACGUAGCAACAGGAGUGGGGGAGGAUGGCCAGGAUCAGGAGUCCCUGAAGUUGGCAAGAAAGGCAAUAAGUAGGCUUUACGAGGAGAACGAGACCAAGAUCUGUCGAGACCAGCUCCCCAAGAGUAUCCUGUCCCUCAGGGGGGGGCAGCAAAGGUUGAUGGACACCUUAGGUGUCAGAUUUCCUCAGCUUCUUCUGAAUGAAGAUGACCUAAAUAUUUACAUUAUUGGGAGCACUAGUGAUGUGUCUGAGGCAAAGCAGUUACUUCUCCUGGGCCCUAGCAAAGUGAGGGGUAAAAAAGAGGAUGUAGCCAGUCUUCUUAGAUAUCCUCCAAAUGACUCUGGUUCAUCAACUCGUGCUCAUGAGCGGAGAGUCCUCCAUACCUUGUACUCCACUGCAGAUUCUCAGGGUGACCGGAUAAAUGAGCAGAAGUCAAAGGAGGAUGAGAGGAGAGCUGAAGGAUCCAGAAAGUAUAAACUAGCUGCUCGGUUUAAGGAUUCAGGGCUUGCUGCAUUAGGCAGUCGACCAACUGACUUCACCUUAUGGGGGCUCUCGCCUCCCAUUCGACAAACACACCAGGGGCCAAUAUUAAGUCAUGAUGUACUGUCAGAAACAGCAGGGACUUCUGAUGAAAGAGUCUCCAGAGCAUUAGCCCAAAACACUGGAGGGGACAUCUUGUUUAAGAGUAGAGAUGCUUUGCCUUCAAAAGCUUCAAUGCCCAAUAAAACCUCCUCGAAAGCAAAUUUAAUUGAUACUGGACCAAAAAGUGUAACAUCUCCCUUCAGCACAACUGAGUCCAGUUCGUCAGGAAGUACUAUGUUUCCACCUGCUGGAUCUGGAUCCACCUUGAAGCGAGCCAGGAGUUUCUCGGGAACACCUCAGCAGAAGGCCCAAGUUUUGAGUCGGAAGAGUCAAGACGACUCCGCCAGGUCGACAGUCAGAGACAGGGCGAGGUCCUCUAGCUUCAGUCUCCAAACAGGGAGGGAAAAGCGGGAAGUCUACAAUGCAGAGAUUACAGUUUCCAGUGCCAUGUGGAAGCACAUAAAAGAAGCCUACAGCUCCCGAGUGGACGACCUGACUUCUGAUGUCCAGAUGAAAGAGAGCUGCUCAGAGGGUAGUUGUAAUCUGACUGUCACCUUAAGAGGGGCAAACUCAUCCAAAGUGGGUUCAUGUCAGCUAGGUUUACAGAAGCUGGUUGAUUCGGUUUGUGUAGACUUCUCUGUGCAAACGCUGCACCUGUCAGAGCUGGGCAUCACUGAUGGAGCAGAUGAAAUCUUACAGGCGUGUUGUGCUGAGGUGCAGGGCCGGUUCAAGAAAGUGACCGUGCAGAUUUUAAAUAAGGGUUUAUAUCUUUACGGCCCGAAAGUGUUGUGUUCUAAAGUAGGCGCUACACUGCGGGAGGUUUUUUCUGGAGAGCCGGCCCAAAUUCCUGAACAACAGGAGCUCUCUGGCCCUUCUACCUCCAAAUGGAGUCCAACCACAUGUUUGCAAAUGAAUGAGGACCAAAGUACGAGCCUGCACUGUUACAGUAACCCUCAGGUGAUGCUAGAGAGCCAAACAAGCAAAGCCGAUGGGACUGAUAGUAGCCAGGGAAGGAGAACAGACCAGAGAAGGGACUUCAGUGAGACAGAGCUUGUGAAUGGAGCUAUUCACCAACUGUUAGUGAGGAAAGACCCGGUCAUUAAAGAGAAAGUGAAAAAGUUAAAAAACAGGGAAACGGCGGAGACAGAUGGACAGGAGACUGAGCCAUUUGUCAGCCACACUGAAACAGGAAUUGAUAGCGCGAGUCAUGUGAAUGACGUCAUGUCAACAACAACAACCCCUACGGAUGAAGACAUGGCCCUUCAUAAGAAAGAGGGAACUAUCCAUUCUACCCACAAGGACAGUAUGCAGCGAAGACGAGCAGAGGUCCAGGAGCCACCAGAGGAACACGGUCCUGGAGGCCUGGGGUGCAUCUGUGUGUGUGGAGAGCGUGAGAUGUUGAUGAAAACAAAGUGUGGAGCUAGCGUGUGCUCAAAGUGCCUGGACACUGUGCACGUCCACUGCAAAGUUUGCCAUGAGACAGAGGCGACGACACGGGGCAUCAAGGUUAAAAUGAAAUGCUGUAAACUAAACAUCACUGUUCCUGGUUACCACGCCGACUCUGCGAUCAAGAUCACUUACAUCAUCCCGGAUGGUGUCCAAGGGGAGGGUCAACCUUCUCCAGGAGAACCAUUUCAAGGAGGGGUGUUUGAAGCCUUUCUUCCCGACGGCGAGAAGGCGAGUAAGCUGGUGCCACGGCUGAAAGAAGCACUCAGGAAGGGACUCACCUUCUCAGUGACUGGAAAAGACACACGGGCCAGAGUCUGCUGGGACUGCAUCCCACACAAGACCACCCUAAAUGGAGGCAAAUCAGGGAACGGUUACCCAGAUUCCACUUAUUUGACUCGCUUGUCUGAAGUGUUGACCGCCAAAGGGAUUGGAGAGCCACCAGCCAAAUCUUAAGAAUGAAAGCAAUCUGAGGAGGAUUUCUUAAGCAGUUUUAUAAUCAUUUUCUCCGUGUUUAUAUGGCGAUUAGUGUCAACUUUUAUCGUGUUGUUUUUCACAUAAUAGUUGUAGUUGCAAUUAUUUCAUUACCGCCUCACCAUUCCUUUCUUCAAGAUAGACGAUUUAAGUUUAAAUUCUUCAAAAUGUGUGUAGAUGAAAAUGGUGACCAACCACUGUUGUCUUAUUCAGUUCACAUAGCAUUCCUGAACAUGUUCCUCAUUGUUUCAGCCUGUAAAAUAAGUGCAUGGUACUGUAUAUAGAUAUCACAUUUUUUACCGCCCUGUGUAGUUUUAAGGAUCUUGUAGUUUAGGAAGCAAUACCAGAAAGAUAUUUGUAGAAUAUUGAAGAGUGAGAUUAUAUUUGUAAAGAUUUUCCAGAAUGGACAGCGAAAUAAAAGAGCACAUCUCCUGA